ACAGCCCCACACAUCAACCUCAAAGUCCUUCACAACAAAACACACAAUCAUAAUAACACUUCCUGCAACUACAUUUUACUUGUUCCCAAAGAAAAAAAAAACAACACUUUUCUCUAACAGAGACCAUGUUUGUCCUAGAAAAUGGUGCGAAGAAGGGGGAAGACCCAAGGCUUCAAGCCAUCUCCGAAGCCAUCAGAGUGGUGCCUCACUUCCCCAAACAAGGAAUAAUGUUUCAAGACAUAACAACAUUGUUGUUGGAUCACAACGCGUUCAAAGACGCGGUUGACAUUUUUGUUGAUCGUUACAGAGACAUGGAUAUUUCUGUUGUUGCUGGGGUUGAAGCCAGGGGAUUCAUUUUUGGUUCCUCAAUUGCGUUAGGCAUUGGUGCCAAGUUUGUUCCUUUAUGCAAACCUGGGAAGCUGCCAGGUGAAGUGAUUUCAGAAAAAUAUGUUCUAGAAUAUGGCAGUGAUUGUUUGGAGUUGCAUGUUGGGGCUGUUCAUUCCAGUGAACGUGUCAUAAUUGUUGAUGAUUUGGUGGCCACAGGUGGAACUCUAUCAGCAGCAAUUAGACUUCUAGAACUUGCUGGUGCUGAAGUAGUGGAGUGUGCUUGUGUGAUUGGUCUAUCUGAUCUCAAGGUACGAAGCAAGCUUAAUGGAAAGCCACUUUAUAUCCUUUUGGAGCCACGUGAAGUAGAAAAUGGUUUUUGAAGUGGAAAGUGAAAUUGCACACUACACAUGAAGAAAUGGUUGCAUAUAAAUGACCCUUUGGAGUUUGGAGGUCUCACAACGUCAACACUCUUAAGAUUUCAAACAUCCUUAGCUAAUUUAGAGACAUUUGAAUAGAGGCCAAAUGGUACCUUAAUUUAUUCUUUAUGGAAUUUGAUGUUCUUAUCCAUAUAUUUAGGAGUUAUGAUUAAUAUGUGUGCCUCACGUCAAGAUUAAUAUGAAAGUUUCUUUUUAA